GAAAAAGGGUUAAGCAGGAGGCAGUCAUGUUUGUUGAUAAAUAGCCUAGCAACUCAACGCAAGGCAAUUCUUUCAGCCUCAUCAACAACUUCCGAUACAUUUGGCCUGUCUACGCACAAAUAAAAAAGGAUUUUUCAUUGUGAAGAGGAUUCUAGAGGUUUUUGAAACACAACGGCUUGAACGAGAUGGUAAUGGUGCUAUGCCCGUUCAUCUUGCGCUCAAGACAGGAAACAUAUCUCUAGCUGAACUGCUUCUAUCACAUAACACUCAUCAACAGAGUACUGCCGUAGAUGGAGCGGGAGACACGCUGCUUCAUCUCAGCUGUCGAAGUGGCAAUCUUGGUGAAUUUGAUAUCAGAGCGACAGGUAACAUAUCUCUAGCUGAACUGCUUCUAUCACAUAACACUCAUCAACAAAGCACUGCCGUAGAUGGAGCGGGAGACACACUGCUUCAUCUCAGCUGUCGAAGUGGCAAUCUUGAUGCUGUUCGAGUAGCAAUCGCGGCUGGUUGUGAUGAUGCGAAUAUGCAAAAUGCGAUUGGAAGAACACCUUUACACGAGGUUGCAAGCUUGGGUGAUCAAAAUCUGCUCAGAGUCAUGUUCAAACUCCAUGCUAACGCAAACAUCCAUGAUAAGGUAAUUAUUGUGUAG